CUUUGUGUUGUAGUUACACUGGAUCACCACUAUCAGGCAAUGUAAUGCCUUGUCUAGUAGUGACUGAGGAGCUUCGACUUUUCCUGACUCACAGGGAGCAAACUUCUCUCUCUCUUUCCAGCCCUUUCUGGUUUCUUCUCUCUGACAAUCUGUUCUGCUGACUGACAACAUCCACUCGGACCCUGUGGAGGAAACUACCCCUGCCUUCUCUCUUUAUUUCUUAGUCUUCGCUCUCUCCUCUCCUUGCUGAUCCGAUACUUGUAUAUACUUUUGGGGCAGCGCUGGUGCUUGAGCGUGCACGCUUUUGAGCUCUGUGUGUGUGUGUAUAUGUGUGUGUUUGUGCGCGCGUGAGUCAGUAUGCCAUGUCGUCCCCUGGCUCGUCGUUUGUGCAGAUAAAGCAUGAGGACCUGCUCUUCUAUGAGAACUGUGGAGGAGGGAGCUUUGGGAGCGUCUACAGAGCCCUCUGGAUAUCCCAGGACAAGGAAGUGGCUGUGAAGAAGCUUCUGAAGAUUGACAAAGAGGCUGAGAUUCUUAGUGUCCUGAGUCAUAAGAACAUCAUUCAGUUUUAUGGAGCCGUGCUGGAAUCUCCCAACUAUGGCAUUGUCACAGAAUAUGCCAGUGGAGGGUCUCUGUAUGAGUACCUCUCCAGCGAGCAGAGUGAGGAGAUGGACAUGGAGCAGAUCAUGACAUGGGCCAUUCAGAUGGCCAAAGGGAUGCAUUACCUCCAUGCAGAAGCUCCAGUCAAAGUCAUUCACAGAGACCUCAAGUCACGGAACGUGGUGAUGACAGCAGACAGAGUGCUGAAGAUUUGUGACUUUGGAGCAUCGAAGUUCCUGUCCCACACCACCCACAUGACGGUGGUGGGCACUUUUCCUUGGAUGGCUCCUGAGGUCAUUCAGAGCCUGCCUGUCUCGGAGACAUGUGACACUUACUCCUAUGGCGUGGUGCUGUGGGAGAUGCUGACUCGGGAGGUUCCUUUCAAAGGUUUUGAAGGGCUGCAGGUUGCGUGGCUGGUGGUGGAGAAACAAGAGAGGCUGACCAUCCCCACCAGCUGUCCGGCAAGUUUUGCAGAGCUGAUGAGGAAAUGUUGGCAAGCAGACCCAAAGGAGCGUCCACAGUUCAAACAGGUGCUGGUAACCCUGGAGACUAUGGCCAAUGACAGCAGGCUACCGGACCAGUGUAACUCCUUUCUACAUAACAAGGACCAGUGGAGGUGUGAAAUCGAGUCGACCUUGGAGCGCCUUCGGAAGCUGGAGAGGGAGCUUUACUCCAAAGAGAAGGAGCUGGAGGAGAGGGAGAGGAGGCUCAGACUGUGGGAGGAGAGGCUGAUGGAGAGGUCCAGUAUGACUCCCAGUCCGACCUCCCUACUCAUGGAGCGCUCAAACAUCUCACCAUUCUUCCCAUCGAUGUCCAUCGGUUCUUCCGGCUCCUUUUUCCGCUCGCACUCUCAGGACUCCAACAGUGCAGGGGUCAGCAGUGCUGGCGUCAGCUGUCUCCUCCGCACCCUCAGCAACGGAGACACAGAGAGGGGGGGCAGUGCGGUGCUGGAGAGGGGGAUCGGUUCCCUCGACGGCGGCAGGCUGCAUGCUGUGUUCCGAGGGUUGCAGGGGAGGUUCGGAGAGGAAGACGGGGAGGAGGAAGGAACCCUGGAGGAGAAAGGGUGGGGGCAGAGGGAGAGAGAUGACAGUGGGAGCAUGGAGGGAGGAAGGGUGCAGGUGACACUCAGGAGCUUCCCAGGUGGGGUGGUGGAGAGGGAGGAGAGGACGUGGGAGGAGGGGGAUCGGGAGAGAGGAGGGAUGCAGAGGAGCAGGGUGACCACCAUAGUCCGAGGGUUUUCGGGUGGGUUUGGAGAGGCAGAAGGGGAGAGGGAGAAGGAGGGAGGAUGGGAGAUAGAGAAGCUGGGGGACAGGCUAGAUGAGAGAGGAAUAGAGGGAGGGAUAGAGGGAGGGAGGAUGCAGACCAUGUUCAAGGGUCUCCAUGGGAGUCUGGGGGGGUUGGGGGACAUGCUGUCAUUAGACAUGGAUGAGAUGGGGGAGAUGGAGAGACUAGGCGACAUGGACAUGAACAUGAACAUGGGCGACCUGGGAGUGAUGAAGGUCAGGAGCGAGAUGGGGGUCAGGGGUCGCAGGAGUGACAUGGGAGUAGUGGUCCAGGGAGUCAGAGGUGACCGCAGUGAGGCCAUCAGCCAAAAGAUUAGAGGCGAAGUCAUCGGUCACUCGGGGGUGCAAGUGAGCAUGCGGGCCUCGUCCAAUCAGAACUCUGUGAAGAGCUGCAGCGUGCGACACGGAACCAAGAUCAACAUGGCUACUGCCGCCAUGGACAUGAUGGAGCUCGACUGGUCCGACAGUGACUAGGAAACACACCAGCACACACACACGCACAGAAAACACAUAGAAAUAUACACAGAGGCCAAACUAGAAAGAUUUCGACUUGUCAGCACGUACAGUAUCUGAGCUACAGUAUGUGCAGUAGAAUCUCCAGUUGAAACAGAGCUGGUAUACACACAUUUCUUUUGUUAAUUUUUUUUAUUGAAUGGAUGAAAACUAUACCCAUGUGUACUGUGAAGUAGGAAGGAGCAAAAAGACAAUUAGAGGUUGUCUUGUCAUGUUGUCAGAAUGACUUCACCUGUGUAAUUUAAUGUGCUAUUAAAACUGCUGCAUAACAUACUGUAAGAGGUACAAGUGUUACAAAAUAACACACUUGAAUGCCGCUCUAAUGAGGCAGCACUGUCUGAUUUUUUUUUUCUCCUGCUUAUGUAGUUCAUAGAUUUGAUUUGUUCAAAACAAGCUUUGACUUUAUCAGUUCUAACUGUGAUUCUAGUGUGUGAAUUUUUGGCAUUUCUUUCUGUAUAUUUUAUCAUUUUUCAAUAAAAAGAAAAGAAACUCUGA